AUGUGGUCCGCAGACGAUCUACAAGUUACGCCAAAGCCGCCGGAAAAUGAAGAAGAUGCAUUUUUCCGCAGUCAGGGUAAAAUGGCUAUAACUGUUUUUCUAACAACGCUACAGACUUGCGGUUUUCACCGUUCAGUUCAGCUUGCUGAGCUCUAUAAUGCACUUCCUGAUCCUGUUCCAAAUCCAACACCUACACAAUCACCGACAUUAACAUUCAUCAUACCAGAGGGUAAAACAAAUGUUUGUGGCGUUCCUACUACAUUCGUAAUAGUACUCGGUGGCACCGUAUAUUGA